CGACUAUAAUCCAUUACUUGCUUCCUCUUCCUCUUCUUCUUCUUCUUCUCCUCCUAUGAUGAAUACAACAAAUAAUAAUAAUAAUAAUAAUAAUAAUAGUAGUAGUAGUACUAGUAGUACUAGUAAUAAUGAUAAUAAUAAUAAUGAAGAAAGGUGGAUUAUUUCUUCUAAACGAAAGGAGGUACCUGUGAUUCAAAUACCUUCUUCUCCUGUUAAAGAAAAAAAAUCAACUUCACCUACACCUGCUGAAUUGCAAGGUUUUACAGCUCAAAAAUUUGUACCUGGCUCAAGUUAUAGUCACUUGGAUCCUGCAAAGUCUGAAAAUGCUCAUGCGGCAUUUAAUCAUUUACAAAAGCUACUUAGUAAUAACAAUAACACUAAUAGUAGCAGUAGUAAUGGUAGCAGUAGUAGAAUCCCAAUAGAAAGAAAAGAAGAUCCAGAAUCAUCAUCAUCAAGACCAAAAGUGAUACAGCAACAACAACAACAUAGAGUUCAAUCCCCGAACAACUCGGAAAUACCUCAACGUCAAAAUCAAGCUCAACAAAUAAAGAACAAUAAGAGUACGUGUCCUGAACGAACAAUGGAUGGUAUGCCUGUUUUACAAUAUGUGCGUGCAUUAUGGAACUAUACUGCUCAGAUUCCUUCUGAAUUAUCGUUUAAUGCGAAUGACAAGUUUGCAGUUCUUAAUCGUCAACCUGACGGAUGGUGGUAUGCUGAGUUACUUGACUCGAAUAAAAGAACAAGAGGUCUUAUUCCAGGCAAUUAUAUGACGCCUGCAUAAAAAAAAAAUUAUCAUUAUUGCAUAUAAAUAUAUACACAUAAAUAUAUAGAUAUACAAAUAUAUAUAUUUGUAUUUUUUUUUUUUUUUAUUUCAUUUCAUUUCAUC